AUGCUAAAGUUUUCUAGGUUAGACGAGGCUGUCCUCAGCCAACUUCUCUCACAACUAUGCGAGGACAAAACGAUCUCUGAACACCUAAUAACCACCGUUGCCUCACAUACCUCAUCACUGAGUGAGAAGAUAUCAAAUGAUUACCGUGACCUGAACCGGAUACUGGUUCGACACGAAGGCGUCAUACGGCAAAGGUGGCUCGGAAAAACUGUAGCCGAGCGAAGAGACCUUUUGAUCCAGGCAUGGCCGAACAUGCCGGAGAAGCAUCGCCCAGACUGCACAGAAACCAACGUUUGGCCCGACUACGCCAAGCUAUCCGAUGACCUUAAGAAAUCCCGGGGUACUCAUAACAAAAGGGGGCUACCUUCAGCACACAAGAUAUGGCCCUUCAUCAACCUCGAAGAUCUCACAAAACCCAUUUCAUUACUUGUAUACCUCAACGCACGUGGUCGGAAUGUUCCAUUCACAUUUACUCUUCUGGAAGACACCUUCAGUCCGUUGGCAGCAAUGUCACUGAGUCAAUGCGACCCCGGAACUCCACAAUACGCGUUACGGGUCUCAAAUGAAGCAUCGCCUACGCUUCGCGUCGGGAUACAUCUUGUCGACAACACUCAAGGGCCUCUCAUACGGACUGAAAGCGAGAUUCAUGUAUGCCCCCGAAACGGCUUGUAUAAAUUAUACAUUCAGCAAAAGAUCACAGCAUUCCUGGUCGCGUGUACCAAGCUGAUAUUGCAUGACAUGGACCAAGAUACGCUUUACUGUAGCGCUAUACAGGAGGAGCCACCGUCGUCUGAACUUGAGCUGCCAAGCGACUUGGGAUCCACAAGCUUUGCUGAUAUCUAUGUGGUCGCCCCAUAUCGCAACCGCGGGUGCAUUGACUUUCUCAAAUUACGCGAGUAUUUUGAGGAGUUAUACAUCAAUGCGAAAGAUCACAUAUCAGCACUGCGCGAGGAUCCCUCGUACUUUGCCGAUCAGUUCAAGGACGCUUGCGAACAUAGCUCCGGAAUGAUACCAGACCGUUCUGGGAAGAUCGACUCACAAGUGGAAAAGAAGAGUUUCCUAAUAUGGACUGCUGCCAGGAUGAUCACUGACGGUUACAUCAUGCUUUUCCUCUGGAGAGAGCUUUAUCAGCUUGUUGACCGAUUAUCCAAGACGCCUUCGCAAAGUCAGAGCGGUUAUUUUGCUUCCUUAAUGGGCGAGCUUAGCUGCGGACUGGACCAGGUUACUGAACGCGUCUACGAUAUGCUUCGCUAUGCAACAACAUCGCCUCAAGUUCGAGAAUUUUACGUUCGGGAAGGGAACGCCAUCACAAUGCAACCACAUAAAGUGAAAUCGCUUGACAAGGUUCAGCUACUUGCGUCCCUAGACUCAAUUCACAUGAGAGAAGGCAGCAAUGGCGUCGAGGGCGUGGCGCUAUACCUUCUCUUGGAUGGUGUAACAACCAUUAUGCGGGAGAAAAGCCCGACAAGAGACUUGGUAUCGCCUCGGGUCUCUGAGCUGCUAUCACAAAUGUCGGUCUUGCGAGAGUGCGCAAUGCAAAUGUGGGUGUGGCGUGGUACCCCCCAAGGAUUCAGCUUUCACCAAUGUCAUGCGCAUUCCCAUGACCAAUUGAAAGACUUCUAUGACUGGCUAAAUCAGCUGGAUCAUGAUAAUUUGCCAGUACAUCUAGUCAACCCAUAUACAAAAAAGUUGAACUAUCCUUCUAACAAAGCCUACAACCGGAGUAACGUCAAGACCAUGCGCACAGCCGAAAAGAAUUUGGAUAAAUUCUGGGAUCACAUCGACAACGAGUACCAGAAAAAGACAGGCGUUGGCCAGCACGAAGCAGUUUACCAAUGCCUCGCCGAACACGGCGCGAUGCAACGCACACCGCCGUGGGAAGAUACUACAAAAGUAAAGUCAAUCAAACCAGAGCCAGUGGAAACUGCAUACCAGCCAUUUUCAGGGAGUUCUCACGACAAGGACUUGCAAAUUACCGGUGCCUUCGACAGGCUGGCAAUUGGGGAAAAAACGAAGACGAAAACAAAAGGCACGCCGGACGCCGCAAUGGCAAAUCUUCCUCCAGUCCCUCCAGUCCCAGCCGUUGAAGAGGAAACCCCUCGAAAAGUCUUCACCCUGGACCACCGCGAACUGGGCACGAUGAGAACGCUAUUUCAUGUUGACCACACGAACCACAGUGUUCCAAAGGUGGUCAAAUGGAAUGAGUUCAAGCGUGCAAUGGUGCAGGUGGGAUUUGCGGUUGAGAAACUCAAUGGCUCGAUAUGGCAAUUUACUCCUGGUGAUACACUUCAGGCCCGGCGUCCUAUUUUAUUUCAUGAACCGCACCCGGUCAGCGAUAUCCCUUACUUGAUGGCAAGGCGGUUUGGAAGAAGACUGGCGAGGGUGUAUGGUUGGGAUGCUGAUAGUUUUCAGGAGGCUUGA